GGCCAGCCAGCCGCUACCACAACAAACUAAACUCGGACAGGGCUGUGCGUCCGCGUGCGAACGGGACCUCUACCGCGGCGCGCCUCCCAGAAAAAAACUGAUCGAGUUGGACAGCUGAAGACGCGCGUGAGAGAGAGAGAGAGAGAGAGAGAGAGAGAGAGAGAGAGAGAGAGAGAGAGAGAGAGAGAGAGAAGGGCUAACAAAUGUUAUUGCUCGGACAAGAACCGGACCGCGGAGAGUGUAUGGAAACUAGUCCACGGUGAUACUUCUCGGAUUGUUUAAUUGUUGUAUUAUUAUUAGCCGUAUGAGUCAUAAUUGCCGACGAGCCGACAGCGCAAAGCCACAGAAACAGAGAAACAAAUAGCUCCGUUUCUCCAUAGGAACAGCUUGGAUUGCGAACGCAUAUUUCCAUGUGCCCGAUUAACGGACGAGCGUUUCACUCCCAAUCGGAAUACAGACGCGGUACUGACACCCGCCUCUGGUGAGCUCCUAUCCCGGACGGUGACGGAGGCAAGAGCAGCGAUGUCGCUCAGCGUCGUGGUCCUCCUCCUCCUGUCCGCGGCGGCCCCGGGCUCGGCCCAGUCCAACGGGACGGCGCCCCCCCCGCAGGGCUGCGGGCAGACGCUGGGCCGGUCCUACAGGCUGCUGUGCGACCUGGAGGCCGUGUGGGGCGUGGUCCUGGAGUGCGUGGCGGGCGGGGGCGUCCUGGCCUGCCUGGUCCUGGCCGGGGUCCUGCUGGGCCGGCAGCGCCGCAUCACGGAGCCGGAGAAGCGCAGCGGGGUGGCGCCCCUCCUCCUCCUCCUGUUCGGCGCGACGGGGCUGUUCGGCCUCAGCUUCGCCUUCCUCAUCCAGCCGGGCGGGGCGCUGUGCGCGGCGCGCCGGGCCCUCUGGGGGGCGCUGUUCGCCCUGUGCUUCGCCUGCCUGCUGGCGCAGGGCUGGCGGGUGCAGCGGCUGGCGCGCGGCGCGCGGGCCCCCGGGGGCCGGGCCCUGGCGGGGCUGGCGCUGGCCCUCACGGCGGUGCAGGGCAUCAUCGCGGCCGAGUGGCUGCUGCUGACGGUGGUGCGCGAGGGCCGGCCCGCCUGCCUGUUCCACCCGCUGGACUUCGCGCUGGCCUGCAGCUACGUGGGGGCCCUGCUGCUGGCGGCCGCCCUCACCGCCGCCCUGGGGCUCUGCGGCAAGGAGCGGCGGUGGCGCUGUAACGCCGUCUGGCUCUUCGUCUCCUGCCUGGCGUCCGUCUUGCUGUGGGCCGCCUGGCUGGGCUUCUAUCUCUACGGCAACGAGGCGCUGGGCCGCGCGGACUGGGACGACCCGGCGCUGGCCGUGACGCUGGUGGCGCAGGGCUGGGUGCUGCUGCUGCUGCACGCCGUGCCGGAGGCCCACCUCUGCCUGCGCCCCGACCCCCAGCCCCAAACGCCCGACUACUUCGACACCUCCCAGCCCCCGCCCCGCCUGCGCGAGACCAGCUUCGACGAGGACCUGCCCCUGUCCCACCGGCCCUACAUGGAGAACCACGCCUUCUCCUUCGACGAGCACAGUGCAGCCCUCAGGCCUGGUUACCGCAGCAGCAACAUAGGACUGCGUAACAGUGGAGUGCCGUUCCGCAGCAACGUCUACCAGCCCACAGAGAUGGCUGUGGUGCUGAACGGAGGCACGAUCCCGACUGCCCCGCCCAACUACAGCGGGAGGCCACAGUGGUGAGGAUGAGGAGGGUGAAGAGGCACCUGUCUCCGGGGCAGUGGGGCCCCCUGGCCGAGAGGGCAGCAGGGAGAGGGGUGUACUCUGCCUUUCUGGGAAGUGGAAAGGACAAGGCCCUGUUUUUGGGUGCAGACGAGAAGGGCUCUGCUUUCACUGGAGGAAACAGAACGGACAGAGGCUGUCUCCAUGGAAAUGACUGGUGAAGUAAUGUGUGAACACAGACAGCCAGCGCUGACACAGAGAAGAAAAGGGCAGCACCUAAAAAAGACAGUUUGUUCCCCCGGCAACCAGACAAAAUGGAGCAACUGGACUGCUGUCCAAAAUGGCCGCCAGCGGCUGAGUUCUGUCGUGGAUGUGAGACGGAUCCAGUUCACUGUCAGCUCAGGGUGGCUGGUCUGGCCAGAGGGAGCUGGACCCUGUGUGGAGUGCGUGUCCUUGUACACACACACACACACACACACACACCCGUUAGCUUCUCCACACUGAAAUCUGAGCCUCGGCAUUUCAAAAUGGCUGCUCUUUCAGCCGCCGACUCCGUAACCUCGCCUGCUCUGCCUGCCUCCCUGGACUGGACUCCAGCCGAAGGACGUGUUCUGCUUCUAAAACGUUUUUGCGCCCCUGUCAGCUUUUCCCUGGCAGAACACUGGAGGGGUUUCCCUGUAAUGGGAAAACUGUCAGGCGUGUGCUUGCUUUCCCAUCCCGGAAGUGGAGAUUCCCGGGAUUUACGCAGAGAGCGCUCGAGCUGAGAUUGGGUGUCGGACACAUCAACCCCCCGGAUAGACAGGACGUUUUUUUCCAAGGAAGAAAUUAGGAGCACAAUAAUGCACCCCACUUAGGAGAUUAAUUCAUCCAUCCAUUAUCUGAAUCCGCUUAUCCUGAACAGGGUCGCAGGGGGGCUGGAGCCUAUCCCAGCAUACAUUGGGUGAAAGGCAGGAAUACACCCUGGACAGGUUGCCAGUCCAUCGCAGGACACACACACCAUUCACUCACACACUCAUACCUAUGGGCAAUUUAGACUCUCCAAUCAGCCUAACCUGCAUGUCUUUGGACUGUGGGAGGAAACCGGAGUACCCGGAGGAAACCCACACAGACACGGGGAGAACAUGCAAACUCUGCACAGAGAGGCCCCAGCCAACCAGGAUUUGAACCCAGGACCUCCUUGCUGUGAGGCGGCAGUGCUACCCACUGCACCAUCUGUGCCGCCCCACUUAGGAGAGGCACUCCAGUUAGCGCACAUCAAUGUCCUGGAGCAAAUGCUCCUAAAAUGGGAGCACUGCAAAGCCCUGAUUGGACAGAUCAUCUACAUGGAUGGAGAAGAUGGCUCCACGGAAGACCAGGAAUCUAGCUUAGAUGUUCAUCAACUGCGGUUCACUGCAUCCGCCUGAGGGAAGUGGCUGUGUUUACGCCGGCUGCUUUUUUAUGAAUGUGAAUUAAUUUUAAGUCUGUUUACUCCCAAGUAUCUUUCGCUGUCACUGGGCGUAAUUCUCGGCUUCAUUGAGAAGUGAUGUCAUCACAAGGCUUCCCGUUCCCUGUCUCCCACGGGCGAUCUCUUUGUAGCUAGCCCUACAAAUGCACUUCAGUUACAGGUGAAAAUACCGUUCAUCUGCACACUAUAGCUAUUACUGUUGAAAUGGACAUGGGAAUUUUAUGGUCUAUUUUUAAGGUCUAUUUCAGGUUUGUGAAAAGAACAGGCUUGGAUUGAUACAAACUAAUAACUGACUGUUAAUUUCUUUUGAGGUGUUCUGCUGGAUUGCUUGUUUAUAAAACACUAUUUUUGGCUCUCUUUUGCUUUUGUUUACUGAAGAUCAUAAUUAUAGUAUUAUAGUGAGCUGUGUUUCAUUUGAAAGAAAUCCUGAACAUGUUGUUGUUGGUCAAUUUAUGCAAAUGUCAUAAUUAAGGAAAAAUGUGAACAUUAAAUUUGAGAAAACUAAUUUUAUUUCUUUAGCCUUUGACUGCCUUGCCAAUUUAGCCAGGUGCAGCAACUCUCCAAAAAAAGACCACGGUCUGCAAACUGCUAUUAAGAGAUUUGUGGAAUAUUUGUACUGUUUUGAAAACGAGGUAUUCUUGCAUAGCCUAUCACUAAUCAGGGUUGUGGUGUUUUUUGCACUUUAUGGGCGAUUUCUAAUAAUCUCUGACAGGGUGAGAGUGGAGUAGGAGGAGGAUUAAUCUCUGGGUACAAUGCUAGCUCCCUACUGUGGCCCAGGAAGCAGGGUGAGACCCUCGAAGACUACACCCCUGGCCCUACUACACCCCUGGUCCUACUACACCCCUGGCCCUACUACACCCUCACUCCUACUACACCCCUGGCCCUACUACACCCCUGGUCCUACUACACCCCUGGCCCUACUAUACCCCUGGCCCUACUACACCCCUCACUCCUACUACACCCUCACUCCUACUACACCCCUGGCCCUACUACACCCUCACUCCUACUACACCCCUGGCCCUACUACACCCUCACUCCUACUACACCCCUGGCCCUACUACACCCUCACUCCUACUACACCCCUGGCCCUACUACACCCUCACUCCUACUACACCCCUGGCCUACUACACCCUCACUCCUACUACACCCCUGGCCCUACUACACCCUCACUCCUACUACACCCUCACUCCUACUACACCCCUGGCCCUACUACACCCCUGGCCCUACUACACCCUCACUCCUACUACACCCCUCACUCCUACUACACCCCUGGCCCUACUACACCCCUGGCCCUACUACACCCUCACUCCUACUACACCCCUGGCCCUACUACACCCCUGGCCCUACUACACCCUCACUCCUACUACACCCCUGGCCCUACUACACCCUCACUCCUACUACACCCCUCACUCCUACUACACCCUCACUCCUACUACACCCCUGGCCCUACUACACCCUCACUCCUACUACACCUAUCAGUCCUACUACACUCCUGGCUAUAACCCCAGGCGUCGUGUCACAAUGGAUCCUUCCACAACCUGUCACACCUCCUGCACCCCCACCCUAAAUUAAGAAUGAUUUAGCCAGCCAUGUUUCAUGACUGCUGACUGUCUCUGGAGGGAGUUGCUACCCUUCUAUUUAAAAAGCAGGAUUGUCCUGCCCUAUUUUUUUUCAACUAACUCUUUGUACUGUUUUUCCAUUUUUAAUGUUUUUUGGGGGUGUUUUUUUUGGGGGCGGGGGGUACUGAGUGGGGGACUCAGGACUGUGCAUAGAGGAGGAUUUCAGGGAUAACACAAAGAGCGCUUCACAAUUAUCUGUACUUCUGCUGUUACAAUAUUUACAGUUACUAACUGUGUUACAAUCAGUUUUUGUAUCUAUAUUGGUAUUUAUCAAACCUUAUUGUAUGCACUAUGUUGUAAAGUUGUUCUGGAUAAGAACGUCUGCUAAACGAAUAAAACACUUUAUCGAAGGU